AUGAACCUCUCUCACACCUCCAACACCAACAACAACGUUAACACCUCUAACAACCAGGCUUGCGCUGCCUGUAAAUAUCGUCGCAGGAAGUGCACUCCUGAUUGCAUUCUCGCUCCUUAUUUCCCUUACGAUCGCCCUCGUCAAUUCCUCAAUGCUCACAAACUGUUCGGUGUCCGAAACAUUACCAAAAUCAUUGAAAGCCUUGAGCCUUGUGACAAGGACCAAGCCAUGCGGACCAUCAUUUACCAGUCCGACAUGCGAGCUAAUGACCCUGUCGGAGGUUGUUUUAGAUACAUUCAAGAGCUCGAAGCUCAGAUCCAUUUCCACAAGGCUAAACUUGACCUUGUUCUUCAGCACCUCGACGUUUUUCGCACUCAAGCUCAUCGUCAUUAUCAUUGCCAUCAUUCUCAUCAUAUCAAUAUCAAUAUGGAUAAUUUGGAUUUAUGUAACCCUAAUGAUAAUAAUAUUGCAUCGCCGCUACCUCCUGGAUGUUAUCAUCAUCAGUCGCCUCAACAACAAGAUCCGUAUAUGAUGGUUCAGGAGCAUCACAAUAACGAUGUUGUUCCUAAUUUGCGGGACGAUGUUAAUUCUUGGGCUGUGCAAGAAUCCAUGUCGCUGUCGUUGCAUAACAAAAAAGGCAACGAUGAGAGUGGUUAUGUCGGUGAUGAAUUGUACAAUAAUGAUCAGAAAUCUUCGUCGUCUAUGCUUGAAAUUCAAUGCCAUGACAGGAACGACAUUGGUUUUGAACCUGAAGAAUUAGUUGAACGGAGUGAUGAAGUGAUCUCGUUCAAGAUAGAGAAUGCAGUAGUAAAUGAAGAGGUUAAUUGCAUCCAACAAGCUCAAGACCAUGACCUAAAAGGUGCUGCAACAUUGUUCGCCCUCACAAAUUGUACUAGCUGAUAAAUUUUUAAUUAUAUAAUAUAGCA